CUUCAACAUAUCCAACGUAUUUUCCAGCCUGUCUAUCUGUCUUUUGGCUGUCUAUCCAUCUUUUACAAGGAUUUCACUAGAACAGAUCUUCCACUUUGAUAGCCUGGUCAGUAUCUCUUAGCUGUCCAUUUUCAUCAGGCCACAUAUAGCCUAUAAUAUUUUAUAUUUUUUAUGUAGAAUUUAUGUGAGUUCACAACUCACAACUCACACAAGUUCACAACUGAGGCAAAUGAUGACAGGGUUCCAUGGACAUCUUGGUGCCAUCACUUGCUUAUGCCCUUCAAUGAGCCUGUGCAAGAACUUUGAUAAAUCUCAAGCUCUUUCACACUAAUCAAGCUAUUUUCAGACUACAUAUAUGCGUGUUAUAAUAAGUACAAUUUGGGAGAUGGGUUGUGUCUUAUAUUUUGCUUUUGCAUUCCCUCCUUGUGCAACAACAGAUGUCCCCAAAAGUUACCACAUUAUUUUGUUAAGUGUAUUGUGAGAUCUCUGGUGUGUUUUCUCAAGUCCUCUCUGAUUACCAAAUAGCCGAGUUCAGUUUAUGUUGAGGACGUUCACAGGAGGGAAGAGCAUCUUGACCAAACAUAUGUGCUGAAAUUGCAGUAAUUUCAUCAUAUAACCGCAAACCUCAAGCUAGCAAAGGAAAAGGGGAAGGAAAUGACAAGCUGGAUCGACACAAUCUUUCAGUCCUCAUUCGUUUUACAACUUCUUUGAUCCUUGGAUUUCACAGUGAAAGCUCCAAUGCAGCUUUUAAGUGCACAAUGAUCUUAAUCUUUGGUUUUAAAAAGCGACCCUUGUUGUUUAGCAUUCAAGAUGGUCCAGGUCCAUGCAAACCAAAAAGCAGCUGUAAUCGUUUUAUUUCUGCUUGUAAUGUAUUCCACAGUGUCUGGUGGAUCUUCAAAUCCUGGACUACCUGGCCCUCCUGGACCACUUGGUCCUCCUGGACCUCCUGGACCUGCUGGACCCCAUGGUUUUCCUGGGGAACCUGGGCGUCCAGGAUUGUGCACCUUCUCUGAUAAAAGUUUGGAUGUUGAUAGACUUUGUGGUCUCCCUGGCCGUCCAGGGAUUCCUGGAAAUAGAGGACCAACUGGGUCUCCUGGAAAACCUGGAGAAAGAGGACCUCCUGGGAUUCCUGGCCCUUCUGGUGAGCCUGGGCAAAAGGGACCUCCAGGGGCACCAGGAGACUGUGCCUUUUCUGAAGAUUGGAGACACUCUUUAGAUCAUACUGGACCUACACUGAUUGCCACAGUUGGAUGUGUUCUUGCAGUUCUGGAUGCUGCUGCCCUAGUUGCUGUUGUUGUUUUCAUCAUGAGGAAGAAGGGAAAUGCAGCAGCGAGAGACUCAGGAGCACAGAGCCCUGAUGUGGACCCUCCUGAUGACACGUACACAGCUCUGAAUCCCAGGACAAGAACACCUGAAUAUGACACUCUUGAUCAUUUUAGGAAUCCACCCAGUGCUCGUGGCCGAAGCCCUAGAUGAAACUCCAGCUCAUGUUAAACCAUAACUCUGUACUCCUCCAGAUGGCAACCGACAGGGGACAGUGUUUUACAAACACAGACACUGAUCACAGGCACACGUGUGUGUGUGUGUGUGUGUGUGCGUGUGCGUGUGUGUGUGUGUGUACUCCCGGAGACUAACAACUACAUUACACAUUAGAUGUUUUUAAUUUAUUAUUAUUAUUUUACAUUUAAUUAAAAUCCUAUACUGUACCACUGUACUGUAUCUGUACUGUCUGUGCCUUUAAGGCAGGCCUGAAGUUGAAUUCCCUUCUUUGACUGACACUGAUGCAACAUCCUGUCUAUGACCACACAAAUGGUGAGGAGGAAGUGCGCGUUUCAUUUCCUGUGAUCUCUCUCAUUCCACUGGCUGUUAGUGUUACCCCAAGUGUUACAGUAAAAGUAUACUGGUACCCCUAUUGGUGGCAAUGUUACAGUAAAAUAUACUGACACCAAAAACCUUUGAUUAAACUCCCCUCUGUAGGGUCAGAAAAUA